GUUUGACAUCCAGAAUCUCGUUUGUUCGUCAUCCUGCCAGCCAGCCCAUUGUACGAGGCAGACAGUGGCCCUUGGCAGAGCUUGGGGAAGGGGGUUUAUCAUUCCACGUUUGGCGUGAUGUUAAAUAAACAGAAAUUGCAUUCUGUGUUUGGGGAAAGUGUGGGUGACGCACGCUGGCGAGGUCUGGCUGCAUUCUGCUUAAUCUGCCAUAAAUAAAAAUCUUCAUAAUUAUUUAUAUUGGAGCUGAAUGUCCAUCAUAAUUAGUCAGGUUGCUGCUUGCUGUCCCAGUGUAAACAUAAUCAGCGUACCUCCCCUCAUACCCUGCAGGCUCCUUUAUACUGCGGCAGAUAAUAACUACAACCAGCACCUGCUAGCGAUAUUGGGGUACGCGCAAUGUUUGAAUCAUUGAAUGACGUUUAUAAGUGUAUUAUCUCUCGCAGAGCAUGGCUUUGUUGGAUAUUCUGAGGAUUUACUGUCUAACAAUACAUUCCCUGAUUACACCCCCGGAGAAAGCUUCUUCACUGUAUUUGGGGUCUUCUUUCCAGCUGCCACAGGUAAGGAAUUCAUCCCCGAUCCUUGGGAUCCCAGUCCGUGAAGACCUGUUUAGCCAUGGUGAGUGGCUGGGCCACUGACUGGGGACCCUGGGCGAGAAAAUAUUACACAAAACUACACACCAGCCUAUGUGUAUAGAUACAGAGAAAUUCUAACACACAUUCACACUUCAUAGUUUAAAUUGCCUCCCUCUUUGUUCUUAGUGCUGUCUGUCGAGUUUCAUGCUGGUCUGGUUUCUAUGUUUAGGAAGCCAUGCUGUCAUACAAAGACAGGCAGAGGAUAAUUCAGCAAAGUGACUGUCUCAGUAUUAAUACACAGCGCUAGCAGAAUGACCGUCUCGUUAUUAAUACACCGCACUAGCAGAGUGACCGUCUCAUUAUUAAUACACAGCGCUAGCAGAAUGACCGUCUCAUUAUUAAUACACCGCACUAGCAGAGUGACUGUCUCAUUAUUAAUACACAGCGCUAGCAGAGUGACUGUCUCAGUAUUAAUACACAGCGCCAGCAGGGGGACUGUCUCAGUAUUAAUACACAGCGCUAGCAGAGUGACCGUCUCAUUAUUAAUACACCGCACUAGCAGAGUGACUGUCUCAUUAUUAAUACACAGCGCCAGCAGAGUGACUGUCUCAUUAUUAAUACACAGCGCCAGCAGAGGGACUGUCUCAGUAUUAAUAUACAGCGCUAGCAGGGGGACUGUCUCAGUAUUAAUAUACAGCGCUAGCAGAGUGACCGUCUCAUUAUUAAUACACAGCGCCAGCAGAGUGACCGUCUCAUUAUUAAUACACAGCGCUAGCAGAGGGACUGUCUCAGUAUUAAUACACAGCGCCAGCAGAGUGACUGUCUCAGUAUUAAUAUACAGUGCUAGCAGAGUGACCGUCUCAGUAUUAAUACACAGCGCUAGUAGGGGACUGUCUCAGUAUUAAUACACAGCGCUAGCAGAGUGACCGUCUCAUUAUUAAUACACAGCGCUAGCAGGGGGACUGUCUCAGUAUUAAUACACAGCGCUAGCAGAGUGACCGUCUCAUUAUUAAUACACAGCGCCAGCAGAGUGACCGUCUCAUUAUUAAUACACAGCGCUAGCAGAGGGACUGUCUCAGUAUUAAUAUACAGUGCUAGCAGAGUGACCGUCUCAGUAUUAAUACACAGCGCUAGUAGGGGACUGUCUCAGUAUUAAUACACAGCGCUAGCAGAGUGACCGUCUCAUUAUUAAUACACAGCGCUAGCAGGGGGACUGUCUCAGUAUUAAUACACAGCGCUAGCAGAGUGACCGUCUCAGUAUUAAUACACAGCGCCAGCAGGGGGACUGUCUCAGACAGACAAUGAUCCUGUCCGUAAAUGUGAUCUCUGGGUCAGGACACAGACAGCGACCCUCUCCGUAAACCUGACUUACGGGGGCCAGAAAAAGACUGUGACUAUGGCUCAGGACCCAUCAGUGACUCCCUUAUGGCGGUAGCUGUGUGGUCCUAAUUUUUAUGCAUUGUUUAGGACCCAUUAAAGACCACUUGACGUGUUACAGUAUGUUUGAGACUGAAUCGAUUGGAGACCUGUCAAUACUCUGGGUGAUAAUCUGCAUCAUAUGACCACUGGCUUGAAAUUAAAGCUGAUUACACCCGUUACCAUGGUGCAAAAUCUUUGGAUUAGUAAAAAGGAUUAGUGCCCAGCAAGUGGCUGAAAGCUGGGAAUGAGAGGCUGUUUGAUGCCAUCUAUGCAAGGAAAAUGCCAAUUUAGCCUGCUGUUGGAGGAAUACAGAAUAUAAACCUCUGUCAUUUCAGCAUAAAACUGUUUUAUCUGAGAAACCAGAAGGAACUAGAAUAAUUACAUAAGUCGUAUGUCUCUUCAUUACUUUAUUCUAGAAUGGUACUGAGCUUUCCAAAUAUAACCUACUGUUGGUUUACUUAGUGCACAGCCGGGAGCACACAAUGGCACACUGGAUCCUUUUUCGAGCUGAAACGUCGCUCUUAGCGUACUUAUUGCUUUAUAUUAAAUAAAAUGACAACACGUUCUGUUUGGAGAGUGCUAGACCAUCCCUUUUGGUCAUUCUUUACUUGUGUGGCUUAUACAGCACCGCACUUUAGUACGUAUUGUAUGUACAUGAUCCAAUCGGCACUGAAUGGGUUAAAAGAAAUCUGUCUAUCAUAAAAUUCAUAUUAACUCACACCUUGAUGCUCAUUCUAGGUAAAGCUGGGGGUCAGGUUCUGGUCUCCCCAUAAUACUGGGAAGCUAUUAGUCAAUAAACAGAUCCGUAUAUGUUGCUAUUGCUGAUAACCAUGUACAGCCAUUACAACAUCUGCUUAACCAACAUGCAUGUCCUUUUGAUGUUUAGGCGUAAUGGCCGGCUUUAACAUGAGUGGAGAUCUGAAGAAACCUGCCACUAGUAUACCACUGGGAUCGCUGGCUGCCAUCGCCAUAUCGUAAGUUUCACCCCAUUGGGUCACGAAUCUCAUAGCGUUCACCGGGGUGAUGGGGAACAGAGAGCAUUAACAGAAAACGAGCACUUCUCAGGAUUUCUUAUAUUCUGUUAACUUAUUCUGACCUUUAAGAAAUAUGUCUUUGUAAGGUGCAAAAACUAAUUUAUUAAUCUGCAUCUCUUUAUGCUGUAACUGGGCGCCUCCAUCUUAGCUCCCUGUCAAUCAUUGUUAUAAGCUCCGCCCUUUACACCUGGCAGUCAGUAUAGAGAGCCGCCUCCAUCUUAGCUCCCUGUCAAUCAUUGUUAUAAGCUCCGCCCUUUACACCUGGCAGUCAGUAUAGAGAGAGCCACCUCCAUCUUAGCUCCCUGUCAAUCAUUGCUAUAAGCUCCGCCCUUUACACCUGGCAGUCAGUAUAGAGAGAGCCACCUCCAUCUUAGCUCCCUGUCAAUCAUUGUUAUAAGCUCCGCCCUUUACACCUGGCAGCCAGUAUAGAGAGAGCCGCCUCCAUCUUAGCUCCCUGUCACUCAUUGUUAUAAGCUCCGCCCUUUACACCUGGCAGCCAGUAUAGAGAGAGCCGCCUCCAUCUUAGCUCCCUGUCAAUCAUUGUUAUAAGCUCCGCCCUUUACACCUGGCAGUCAGUAUAGAGAGAGCCGCCUCCAUCUUAGCUCCCUGUCAAUCAUUGUUAUAAGCUCCGCCCUUUACACCUGGCAGUCAGUAUAGAGAGAGCCGCCUCCAUCUUAGCUCCCCGUCAAUCAUUGUUAUAAGCUCCGCCCUUUACACCUGGCAGUCAGUAUAGAGAGAGCCACCUCCAUCUUAGCUCCCUGUCAAUCAUUGUUAUAAGCUCCGCCCUUUACACCUGGCAGUCAGUAGAGAGCCGCCUCCAUCUUAGCUCCCUGUCAAUCAUUGUUAUAAGCUCCGCCCUUUACACCUGGCAGUCAGUAUAGAGAGAGCCGCCUCCAUCUUAGCUCCCUGUCAAUCAUUAUUAUAAGCUCCGCCCUUUACACCUGGCAGUCAGUAUAGAGAAAGCCGCCUCCAUCUUAGCUCCCUGUCAAUCAUUGUUAUAAGCUCCGCCCUUUACACCUGGCAGUCAGUAUAGAGAGAGCCGCCUCCAUCUUAGCUCCCUGUCAAUCAUUGUUAUAAGCUCCGCCUUUUACACCUGGCAGUCAGUAUAGAGAGAGCCGCCUCCAUCUUAGCUCCCUGUCAAUCAUUGUUAUAAGCUCCGCCCAUUACACCUGGCAGUCAGUAUAGAGAGAGCCUCCAUCUUAGCUCCCUGUCAAUCAUUGUUAUAAGCUCCGCCCUUUACACCUGGCAGUCAGUAUAGAGAGAGCCACCUCCAUCUUAGCUCCCUGUCAAUCAUUGUUAUAAGCUCCGCCCUUUACACCUGGCAGUCAGUAUAGAGAGAGCCACCUCCAUCUUAGCUCCCUGUCAAUCAUUGUUAUAAGCUCCGCCCUUUACACCUGGCAGUCAGUAUAGAGAGCCACCUCCAUCUUAGCUCCCUGUCAAUCAUUGUUAUAAGCUCCGCCCUUUACACCUGGCAGUCAGUAUAGAGAGCCACCUCCAUCUUAGCUCCCUGUCAAUCAUUGUUAUAAGCUCCGCCCUUUACACCUGGCAGUCAGUAUAGAGAGAGCCGCCUCCAUCUUAGCUCCCUGUCAAUCAUUGUUAUAAGCUCCGCCCUUUACACCUGGCAGUCCGUAUAGAGAGAGCCACCUCCAUCUUAGCUCCCUGUCAAUCAUUGUUAUAAGCUCCGCCCUUUACACCUGGCAGUCAGUAUAGAGAGAGCCACCUCCAUCUUAGCUCCCUGUCAAUCAUUGUUAUAAGCUCCGCCCUUUACACCUGGCAGUCAGUAUAGAGAGAGCCGCCUCCAUCUUAGCUCCCUGUCAAUCAUUGUUAUAAGCUCCGCCCUUUACACCUGGCAGUCAGUAUAGAGAGAGCCGCCUCCAUCUUAGCUCCCUGUCAAUCAUUGUUAUAAGCUCCGCCCUUUACACCUGGCAGUCAGUAUAGAGAGAGCCGCCUCCAUCUUAGCUCCCUGUCAAUCAUUGUUAUAAGCUCCGCCCUUUACACCUGGCAGUCAGUAUAGAGAGAGCCACCUCCAUCUUAGCUCCCUGUCAAUCAUUGUUAUAAGCUCCGCCCUUUACACCUGGCAGUCAGUAUAGAGAGAGCCACCUCCAUCUUAGCUCCCUGUCAAUCAUUGUUAUAAGCUCCGCCCUUUACACCUGGCAGUCAGUAUAGAGAGAGCCGCCUCCAUCUUAGCUCCCUGUCAGUCAUUGUUAUAAGCUCCGCCCUUUACACCUGGCAGUCAGUAUAGAGAGAGCCACCUCCAUCUUAGCUCCCUGUCAAUCAUUGUUAUAAGCUCCGCCCUUUACACCUGGCAGUCAGUAUAGAGAGAGCCACCUCCAUCUUAGCUCCCUGUCAAUCAUUGUUAUAAGCCCCGCCCAUUACACCUGGCAGUCAGUAUAGAGAGAGGAGGAGACAAGACACAGUGUUUCUCUAUCACCUCCUCAUUUACAAUAUGGAUUAUGAUUUCAUUUGCUAAAUCUUUAAUACACAUUUAAAUAGAAUGGAUCUAUUCAGUGGUAUUAAUAGCAGAGAAGAGAUGAUUUUUGUUAAAUUAAGUCCAGGACGUGUGAUAUAUAGUUUUAUAGUUAACAGGGUACCCUAACUGAGUGAGUGCUAUUUGGAUUAAUAUCCAGUUAAAGGACCACUCUAGGCACCCAGACCACUUCAGCUUAAUGAAGUGGUCUGGGUGCCUGGUCCAGCUAGGGUUAACCCAUUUUUUUAUAAACAUAGCAGUUUCAGAGAAACUGCUAUGUUUAUGAAUGGGUUAAGUCUUCCCCUAUUUCCUCUAGUGGCUGUCUCAUUGACAGCCGCUAGAGGCGCUUGCGUGAUUCUCACUGUGAAAAUCACAGUGAGAGCACGCAAGCGUCCAUAGGAAAGCAUUGAUAAUGCUUUCCUAUGCGACCGGCUGAAUGCACGCGCAGCUCUUGCCGCACAUGCGCAUUCAGCCAACGGGGAGGAGAGGAGGAGGAGAACUCCCCGCCCAGCGCUGGAAAAAGGUACGUUUUUACCCCUUUCCCCCUUCCAGAGCCGGGCGGGAGGGGGUCCCUGAGGGUGGGGUCACCCUCUGGGCACUAUAGUGCCAGGAAAACGAGUAUGUUUUCCUGGCACUAUAGUGGUCCUUUAAAGGGUUAAAGGUCACCUUUAAGAUGUCUUUAGUGUCAUCCCCACUAAUGGUGGUUUCCUGCUAUAUGUGUAGUUCUGUGCUCUCACACCCAUUCUCUGCUUGUUCACAGGUGGUUCCUAUACAUCGUGUUUGUUUUCCUGCUGGGUGCCAUUUGUAUGCGAGAAUUUCUGCGCUAUGAGUUCAUGAUCGCAGAAAAGGUAGAGAGAAGGAUGGGAAUGCAGUGGGAAGGGAUUACUGUUAUUAUAGAUAACGUGUCUGUUAACCCAGCUAAUGCUAAUGACUAGCGCAUAUUGUGGUAAUACAGCAUCAUGUGACUCAAAAGGGUAACCGUACUAUACAACUCAGAGGAUAUACCUAAUGUUACAUCAUCCAUCGAGGAUAUACCUCCCCAUACAUCACCCAUAGAGGGAUAUACUUCCCGUUACAUCACCCAUUGAGGAUAUACCUCCCGUUACAUCACCCAUUGAGGAUAUACCUCCUGUUAAAUCAUCCAUAGAGGGAUAUACCUCCGGUUUCAUCACCCGUAGAGGUAUAUACCUCCCCUUACUUCACCUGUAGAGGGAUAUACCUCCCCUUACAUCACCCGUAGAAGGAUAUACCUCCCCUUACAUCACCCGUAGAAGGAUAUACCUCCCGUUACGUCACCCAUAGAGGGAUAUACCUCCCGUUACGUCACCCGUAGAGGGAUAUACCUCCCGUUACGUCACCCGUAGAGGGAUAUACCUCCCCUUACAUCACCCAUAGAUGGUUGUUUUCUACUGGAAAAUCUGUCUGGAAAGUAAUAUUUCAUUAAUAAUUGGUAUUGUUGCCAUUGCACAGAUCUGCUAAAGUGUGUCUGUGCUUUAUAAUAUGAAUGAGGUCUCCAUCGCCUCUUUAGUAGUAGCUUGCCAUCCAGGGAGGCUACAAUAUGUGAAUUUAUGGGUUGAACGAAACAGAGACCUUUUGUAAAGGAUGUUGUUAGUUGUGCAUUAUUUCAGUUUGAAAUGUUCCCAUGCCGUUUUAAUGGCUCUGACACAUAAUGCGUUUCACGUGGCUCUGCUCAGUGAAGAAUAUUAGCUGUUUAUCCUAAUCCUCAGCUCUUCACUUACUCAAUGAAUGUCAGACAUUCGCUACAACUGUAACUUCAUUAUUUCCAGUGGAAUUGUUUAUUUGGGAUUAAAUGGCAGAAAUGUCUGUUUCUGGGAUAUUGUUACACAGAACGUGUUAACCCAUUGAUACCGACUUCUAGCAGAAUGCUAGUUCUAAUAUCUGAUUAUUGUACAGGUCCCUCCUUAAAUAUCUGCAGACGUUCGAUAUCUCCGUACAGCACAGUGGGAUUAACCAGGAUAGAAUUAAAGCGGCAAUAACACUAAACCUGUUAUCCUGGGAUCUGUGAUCUACUUUACUACCCUGGGAAUUAGCGUUCUGAGUGGCAUUUUACUCAGGUGGGGGGCUGAAGCAUUGCUACUGGGACGGAGGUGUCUUGGUAAAGUCUUUGUACAUGUAUUCAUGUAAUAUUAUUAAACCAUGCACAUACUGAUUUUAGAGCAUCCCAUAAAAUAAUGUUCCAAGCUCAACUUGAAAAAUAACAGAUUAAUGCCAUUAAUCCUCACAAGGCAUGUUAUUGGGCAUUUGGUGCCAGAGCUGAAUGUGGUGGUGGCUGUCACCCAGUCCGCCUGGAAGUCUAAACGAGGCCAGUUAGGAAUCUUUGUUAUAUCAUUAAAUUGGAACAUUUCCUGCUGUCUGUUAACCCCACACAUUCCUCUUUUCCCAGGUCUCUCUGGUGGGAUUCCUCUUCCUGCUGGGCUUGUACAUCUCUUCCCUUGCCUCCUGCAUGGGGGGUCUAUACGGCGCUCCCAGAAUCCUCCAGUGCAUCGCACAGGAAAAGGUUAUCCCUGCCCUCUCCUUCCUGGCUCACGGGGUCAGUUCCUUUUUAUUAAGAUUUUACUGAAAUGGAAACACAAAGGUUAAAAGGGCAAACAUCUCCUAAAAUAAGAAAGGAGGGCAUGCCAAUCCCACACACCCCCUAUCCCUGCCUUCUCUAUUUAUCAUUGCUCUAUUAUUUGGAUUAAAUUAUAAAACACACUAUGGCAGCAGAAGGAGUAGAAGGUUAAGUGACUAAGUGCCGUUUAGGUUAGGCAACUCACAGAAAGUGGGGGCUAGGGUGGUUUAAUUCAACUAGCCUAUAGAAAGAGAUCUGUGUGCCAUUUAGGGUGGGCAGACCAUAGUGAGGGGGCUGUGUGACAUUUAGUGUGGGCAGACAAUAGAGAGGAGGCUGUGUGACAUUUAGUGUGGGCAGACCAUAGUGAGGGGGCUGUGUGACAAUUGGGUGGGCAGACAAUAGAGAGGAGGCUGUGUGACAUUUAUUGUGGGCAGACCAUAGUGAGGGGGCUGUGUGACAAUUGGGUGGUCAGACUAUAGAGAGGGGGCUGUGUGCCAUUUAGGGUGGGCAGACCAUAGAGAGGGGGCUGUGUGCCAUUUAGGGUGGGCAGACCAUAGAGAGGUGGCUGUGUGCCAUUUAGGAUGGGCAGACCAUAGAGGGGGGGCUGUGUGCCAUUUAGGGUGGGCAGACCAUAGAGAGGGAGCUGUGUGCCAUUUAGGGUGGGCAGACCAUAAAGAGGGGGCUGUGUGCCAUUUAGGAUGGACAGACCAUAGAGAGGGGGCUGUGUGCCAUUUAGGAUGGACAGACCAUAGAGAGGGGUCUGGGUGACAUUUAGGAUGGGCAAACCAUAGAGAGGGGGCUGUGUGUCAUUUAGGGUAGGCAGACCAUAUAGAGGGGGCUGGGUGACAUUUAGGAUGGGCAGACCAUAGAGGUGGCUGUGUGCCAUUUAGGGUGGGCAGACCAUAGAGAGGGGGCGGUGUGCCAUUUAGGGUGGGCAGACCAUAGAGAGGGGUCUGGGUGACAUUUAGGACGGGCAGACCAUAGAGAGGGAGCUGUGUGCCAUUUAGGGUGGGCAGACCAUAAAGAGGGGGCUGUGUGCCAUUUAGGAUGGACAGACCAUAGAGAGGGGGCUGUGUGCCAUUUAGGAUGGACAGACCAUAGAGAGGGGUCUGGGUGACAUUUAGGACGGGCAGACCAUAGAGAGGUGGCUGUGUGCCAUUUAGAGUGGGCAGACCAUAGAGCGGGGGCUGUGUGCCAUUUAGUGUGGGCAGACCAUAGAGAGGUGGCUGUGUACCAUUUAGGGUGGGCAGACCAUAGGGGGGGGGCUGUGUGCCAUUUAGGGUGGGCAGACCAUAGAGAGGGGGCUGUGUGCCAUUUAGGAUGGACAGACCAUAGAGAGGGGUCUGGGUGACAUUUAGGAUGGGCAAACCAUAGAGAGGGGGCUGUGUGUCAUUUAGGGUAGGCAGACCAUAUAGAGGGGGCUGGGCAGACCAUAGAGCGGGGGCUGUGUGCCAUUUAGGGUGGGCAGACCAUAGAGAGGGGGCUAUGUGCCAUUUAGGGUGGGCAGACCAUAAAGAGGGGGCUGUGUGCCAUUUAGGAUGGACAGACCAUAGAGAGGGGUCUGGGUGACAUUAAGAUGGGCAAACCAUAGAGAGGGGGCUGUGUGUGAUUUAGGGUGGGCAGACCAUAUAGAGGGGGCUGAGUGACAUUUAGGAUGGGCAGACCAUAAAGAGGUGGCUGUGUGCCAUUUAAGGUGGGCAAACCAUAGAGAGGGGGCUGUGUGCCAUUUAGGGUGGGCAGACCAUAGAGAGGGGUCUGGGUGACAUUUAGGACGGGCAGACCAUAGAGAAGUGGCUGUGUGCCAUUUAGGGUGGGCAGACCAUAGAGCGGUUUCUGGGUGACAUUUAGGAUGGGCAGACCAUAUAGAGGUGGCUGUGUGCCAUUCAGGGUGGGCAGACCAUAUAGAGGGGGCUGUGUGCCAUUUAGGGUGGGCAGACCAUAGAGAGGGGGCUGUGUGCCAUUUAGGGGGGCAGACCAUAGAGAGGGGGCUGUGUGCCAUUUAGGAUGGGCAGACCAUAGAAGGGACUGUGUGCCAUUUAGGAUGAGCAGACCAUAGUGAGGGGGCUGGGUGACAUUUAUGAUGAGCAGACCAUAGAGAGGUGGCUUGUGCCAUUUAGGAUGUUUAUAAUAUACAGCCUAUGGAGAGGAGAUUGGGCAGCCAAUGUUUUGGUGGUAAUGAAAUCUAUUUAUUGAAGUGUCUUUGGAUCAGACGCUCCAGGCCACCAGGAAGCAGAGAGUUAAUGGAGAAAUAAAUCCUUGUUCAGUCCUAUAAUUAAUUCUGCUGAUUAUCAGGAUUACGGCCUUGGCUGCUGCUUCCUCGUUAUAAAUAUAGCGUGAAACAAACUCAGCUGAUUACAGCUGAUUAUGACAUGAAUUCUCUGGGCAGAUAAGCUGCUGGGGAGAAUUUCCCCUUUGGCCUUAUUACAUAGCAUGGGGGGGGGGGGAUAACAAUGGAAUAACCCUGUCCCAGUCCCCAAAAUUCAGACACUGACUACUGUUAACAUUAUAUUGGGCUUUAGGGAGCUCAGGGAAGCGUUAGAUCUCGCUGCUUGUGUCUGCGGUAUCUGAUGUACCAUGUUCGUGAUACUGUGUGCUUGAGCCAUAGGGCAGGAGUUGGCAUUAUCACCUUUUAGGACAGUAUUGCUGACAUAUAUUGGUGCAGUUUUCACCGGUGAAUCCUCACCAAAAGCAAUGCGAGUUCAAGGCUUCAUUAAGCCAUCAGCAACCUGCAGGGUUCGGCUCUAAUUAUCAGUCUGCACUAAUUAACAAAGAAUUGAAUGUUAUUUGAAUCCGUACUAUAAAUCAUUGUAAACAUGUUAUGUGAGAAAAUGGAUUAAUUAUCUACAUGGUCGUCUUUACUUUUUUUUUUUUUUCUCUCCCUCUCAGAAAGGACCAAAUAAAACGCCGGUAGCAGCAAUUAUUUUGACAAGUGUUCUCACCAUGGCAUUUGUCUUUAUUGGCCAGGUGAAUGUCCUUGCACCAAUAGUAACCAUUAACUUCAUGCUGACGUACAGUGCCGUGGACUAUUCCUACUUCUCUGUGACGAUGAGUUACAAUUUACAAUAUAAUGGCAAAAAGACCAUGAGAGUCAACACCAAAGCACUAAGCGCCUCUUGUCCCUUGAUUCUUGAUAAACCGUCCAGCUACGGAGCGAACGGCACUCUGCUUGAAUUCACAAAGGAUAUGGAUCAGAUCUUCAAAGUGGGUCAAGUGGAGCCAGCUGAGAGCACAAAAACGCAAAACUCCGGAAUGAAGAUGACAUUUCGUAAAGCUAAGAUUCCUGCCAAGCAGUCUUUGGUGGACAGCUUCCAGUUAGAUUUGCCACACAUUUCGGAGCUGGAGGAGAGUGAACUGAUCCCAGAACCAACUGAAGAGAAAUUUCAAAAUAUUGUUCCCUCCAUGGACCAAGAUGAAAGGAGUCCAUCUAACAUGGAAGAAGCCGAGGGAGACGCCACACGGAGAAUGGUGGAAGGAGAAGAGAUGUACACAGAGAUCCAGCAAUCAGAUGGUAAAGAAGGUAAUUUAUUGCAAACACUUUGCUUUGAGACGAGUCUCGAAGUUUCUAGAUCUUUGCUGCAUUUAUUGGGCCCCAUCGGUUGGAAUCGCCUCCAGGUGACUGUCCGAUAUAAAUGGAUAGUGUUGCGACUCUGUGCUCCUGAUACAGGGGGGCCAUGCACAGCGCAGUGGGUGUAGUGAGGAUUGAUGUCUUAUUAGAAUGAAAUAAUUUAUAACCACAUUAAUGCCAAGUGUGUGGGCUGGUAGCCUGGAUGUAAUCUCUAGGCUUUGGAGGAUGUAAAUUUAUUAUAAAUUUUUUUUUUUAUACAGAUUUAAACAUUCGAAGCAAAGUCCCGGAGUUUGAGAUUCAGAGUUUAUCCACUUCCUUUUACUCAAAGUUCUGUAAUCACUGGGUCUCCUUCCUAGGGGUGAGUAUCUCCCACCCUUGCUUUCCUACCACCCCCUCCCCUACGCUACAGUAAUGCUCUCCAUCUAGGCUAGCUGUAUGUAACUCUGGUUGAUGGUAGUUCCUUCUGGGAGGGGCAAGUAAUAAUACCAAGGUAGGGGGGGAAGGUUUAGUAGUAUUACCCUAGGGAGGGGUCAGUACUAUUGCCCUGGGGAGGGUGAGGGGUUUGUAGUAUUGCCCUGGGGUGGGUGCUGGGGGGAGGGGUUUGUAGUAUUGCCCUGGGGAGAGUGGUGGGGGGUUGUAGUAAUGCCCUGGGAUGGUGGUGGGGGGCUUGUAGUAUUGCCCGUGGUGGGGUAUUGCCUGUGGGGGUUUAGACUUGAGGGGGUGUUGUAGUAUUGCCCUGGGGACGGUGGGGGAGGGGGGAGUUGUAGUAUUGCCCUAGGGCGGGGUUCGUAGUAUUGCAUUGUGGUGGUGAGCAAUCUAACACAUUGCGUAAAUACUGUUCCCCCUAAGCACAUAACGAAUCCUCUCCUGGUUGCAGGCGAUCUUUUCUGUUGUUAUCAUGUUUGUAAUCCAGUGGAUCUACGCUCUGGUCAAUAUCGGGGUGGCUGUUCUCUUAUAUUUCUACAUUGGGCGGGUGAGCCCUGGGCUUAAUCCAGGUAGGUGCACAUUGGCAUAUAUCAUUAUACUAGGCCCCUAUGUUCUGAUUUCCGCUGUAGUAAUAAAGAUAUUUUAUUCUUGAAUAACUGAGUAAUUCGGUCCCUAAUUCACGUAUUACUGGAGAUAAAUAUAAAUAAAUAUAAAAUAAAUAUAAAAUAUAAAUGAGAUAAUUUUGCCCUUAUACUACUAUGUUAGCUAUUUUACCAUUAUCCCAUAUACACCCAACAGGUUUCAUUUCUUUGUUGUCCCCUCUCAGCACCUCCAAUGCGCCAUCCCUUGCAGCAUUCCCUCUCAGCACCUCCAAUGCAUCAUCCCUUGCAGCAUUGCCUCUCAGCACCUCCAAUGCAUCAUCCCUUGCAGCGUUCUCCCUCAGCACCUCCAAUGCAUCAUCCCUUGCAGCAUUCCCUCUCAGCACCUCCAAUGCAUUAUCCCUUGCAGCGUUCCCCCUCAGCACCUCCAAUGCAUCAUCUCUUGCAGCGUUCCCCCUCAGCACCUCCAAUGCAUCAUCCCUUGCCGCAUUCCCUCUCAGCACCUCCAUGCGCCAUCCCUUGCAGCGUUCCCUCUCAGCACCUCCAAUGCAUCAUCCCUUGCAGCGUUCCCCCUUAGCACCUCCAAUGCAUCAUCUCUUGCAGCGUUCCCCCUCAGCACCUCCAAUGCAUCAUCCCUUGCCGCAUUCCCUCUCAGCACCUCCAAUGCGUCAUCCCUUGCAGCGUUCCCUCUCAGCACCUCCAAUGCAUCAUCCCUUGCAGCAUUCCCUCUCAGCACCUCCAAUGCAUCAUCCCUUGCAGCGUUCCCUCUCGGCACUAGUUACAGACAGAUCUUCUUGUAUCAGAAUGGUCUCAGGGUUUCCCAAUUUAUCGCUUGUUUAAAUAUUCAUUUAUUUUUAUAUUUAGGGGCAGCAGCAAGCUUCAGUUUAUUCUCUUGGAUUCAAUUAAUGGCCGUCACGGUAUUCAGGUGCGUUUUCCUCUGUACGUUAUAUGAUUAAAUCCAAAGUAACUCCAGUAUUGUGAAGCGUUUAUGUUGACCCCCCUCACCUUCCCGCCCGUGUGUUAAAGGAGAGCUGAAUUGUGAGCUUUUACUAUAAAUCCCUUAUGAUUUGCCGCAAAUUAAAAUGUCUCAGGGAAGACUUGGGAUCUCCAUAAACUUCGCUAUCUGUAGCCAUCUUUAAAGGGAUAACACAGGCACCAUAACCACUACACCACACUGUCCAGCCACUCAUACUCUUACUUUAGCAUAAAAACAUUGAUGACAAAAAAAAUGAUAUAUGCACACAAAGAUAUAUGUAAACACACACACACAGUAAUCAUGACUCGCAUGUCAGUCAGUCAGUCGAUGAGAGGAUUCAUUUGAAUGUAACCCUUUCCUGCCGCCUUCAGUGUGUUCGAUUGAUUGUAUGCAGUGUAUGUUAAGCCGUGUCAUCACCCAGAUUGUGCAAUGGUGGAUUCUCUGUUUUCGUUAUGGAAUGUACAAUUCCUCUGCUGCAUUUGUUGUGUAGUCCUUUAAGGGGGCCUAUUAUAACUGUUAAUCAAUAACAAUUCUAUGUCUUUCUCCACAGGAAGAAGUCUUCCCCAGGGGAGCGCAUUGUAGUAACACCUUCCUUUGCGUCUGUUGGUAUGGAGACCACACAGCUGACAGAAGAGAACGCAGAUUUUGCGUCCCGCGGUCGCUACCAUCAUUCUUCUGUCAUUAGCACCGGACAGUUUGUUAACCAGUUUCAUUAGGAAGCCAUGGACAGACCUGUGAAUCUAAAAUGGAAACUGCACCAUGUCUUGGCUGCUAAAUUGUUAAUUGUAAACUUUCUUCCGUGGCAAAAGAUGGAUUUCCAGAACAGCGCUGUGGGAGAGCUAAAUGUGCCUUAUUCUUGUUAAAAAAAGAAAAAUGUUCAAGAAACUUAAUAGUUAAAAGCAAAAGGAAUUGUAAAUAAAUGUUCAUAGGGAAUUUAUUGCACGCACUCUGCAAGGUCCCUAGGUCUGCACAAGGUCGCCAGGUCUGCACGCACUCUGCGAGGUCCCUAGGUCUGCACAAGGUCGCCAGGUCUGCACGCACUCUGCGAGGUCCCUAGGUCUGCACGCACUCUGCGAAAUUGGGUCUAUGUGCAUUCUGCGAGGUCACCAAACCUGCGCACACUCUGCGAAGUCACAAGAAAAGAAACCAGUCACUGAGUGAAAGCCUAUGUGGAUCAUCAUUGCAGUAGUAUCUCUGGCACCUUAAUUACAGCUCUCAGAUUUUCCCUUGUGCUGUGGCUGGUUGUUUGUCAUGGGAUUUAAGGUUUGACAGACCCUGGUCUGGAUCUAAUAUACUGGGGAUAAUAGGAGUGUUUAACUGUGUGGCGUCAGCCAGUCUAUCAUGAGAUAGUCUGUGCUGUUUGGCCUGUGCAUGAUGGGUGUUGCAGCUUGCUGUGGAGCGGUGCCAUUGCUGCUGUGAGUAGGAUAGACUUGGCACUGCUAACAAAAAGUCAAGUAUUAGUUUUUUUUCUAUCAUCUCUGGUGAGGUACAGGAGGGAUUCCUGCUCCUCAGUACUGUGAAUGGAGAAUACUCUGUUAACCCCUUGCUGACAGACUCCAGCAAACUGUGCUUUGUCUCCUAUGCAGCAAUAAAUGAUUUCAUGUGAGAUGUUUAUUAGCUGUUUGUAUUCAGUCCUGGUAAAUGGUGAUGGUCUAUAUCAGCUCCUCAGAGGAGGGAAUACAUCCACUAACAGCACAGUAAGGGCCUCUCUAUCACCUUCCCUCUGCUUAGACUCCGUAAACUUCUCCCAUCGCAGUAUGUUAGCCCUAACUAACUCUGGAACUCCAAUCUGUCAAUUGAUCAAUAAUUAAAUCCAGAUGUAUCUCUGUUCCCCCCAAUCUCACUGCGCUAUUGGAUAUCCCCAAGCUAUGUCUAUACCAACCUGUAGAUGCCAAACAGAAGAGGGUUGGGCCAGGCACUCCAAUGCUGUAAAGGCAGGUUAUUGGAAGAAAAUGAACAUUGCAACGUUUCGACCCACACAGGGGUCUUUGUCAAGCUCACUGUGUUCCAAUGAACUGCCGUUCCUGCAUGGGGGAGCUUAGACCAGGGGUGCCCAAAAGGUAGAUCCCCAGAUGUUUUAAAACUACAGCUUCCAUGAUGCUUUGUCAUUUUAAAGGCAUGCAAAGCAUCAUGGGAACGUCUGGGGAUCUACCUCUUGAGCGCCCCUGGCCUAGACCAUCUCUCUUCCAUUUGGUAUCUUCUGGGCUAGUGCUGGGUCUGGUUAAUCACCCAACCUGUUUAUGUGAUUUGAAAGCAGUUCCUUUUUUGUUUUUGUAUGAUGUGUAUAUACCAACCUUUAGUACAUA